AGCAGGAGGCAGGUCUGCUUCCUUUGGGAGCCAAGAGCAAAGUGCCUUGGAAACCUUCUAGCAGCUCUGUGUCACUUUACAGAGGCUGUGGAUGCCCAGUGCAGCUGCCUCCGGUGGAGAGACCAGCACUCGGGGGAUGCAGGCUGCUCCUGCCCACGCCUUCCCCAGGUUUCGCUUUACGGUGGUCAGCAGAGCAGUGGCCAAGGCUUUGUCCGCCUGGGCCAAGAAGGCUGCAGCAAAGUCCAGGCUCAGACAAGGGGCAGAGGCGCAUCGUGGCAAGCUGCUGCAGAGACGGACGAAGCUUUCCCUUCCUGCACUGCCAAGUCAGGGGCCAGGCACAAGACAGAAAGACAUGGGCAAGAAGACUUCUGAGAGUGUGCUCCCCCCGUGUCCAGGCAGCUCCCCCAGGAUGAAGGAGGCAGGCAAGGCAGGCAGGCAGGAGCCCGCUUCUCCAGCCAAGCCCACCUCUACACUCCCAUCCUCAGACGACUGCCAGAGAGCGCUGCAGGAGGUCUGGCAACUGUCUGCAGAGUGGGAGCAAGUGAGGCCCAAGUGGCAAGUGCAUCUUGAGCAAGCAAAGGCAGAGUGGGCGGCGUGGGAAGCCUGGUCUGCGGGGAAGGACCGACAGCCGCCCCAGGCACUCGGCACUGGAGGCACAUGGACUCCCCACCCUCCAGCCCAGCCCAGGAGAGAGGCAGUCAAGGAGAGGUGGAGAAAGGCUCCAACCCGUCUCCCAGCAGAACAGAAGACAGCAGCAACCCCGCUGCAGAGACUCCAGCCCGACCACCUUUCCCCACGAGCGGUCCAGGUCCUCAGAAGGCUGGAGCCAUACCUUGAGCGCAAGGAAAUAUUCAAGUACGUCGCUGAGAACAGGAGGCGGCUUCAAGAGCAGCAGAAGCAGCUCCCCUGCACCAGAUGCUGGUACCGCAGCAGAGGGGAAGGUGCCGGGAGCAGCGGCUGUAGCAGUGGCUGUUAGCCAAGGGGCCGGGAGGCUUCUCACCUGCCAAGAUCCACCUAUAAAUACAAAACCUGGAGUCCUGGGGUGGUUCCCAGAUGGACUGACUGGUCUGUGCCCGGUGAUGGAUUGCUCUACAGGCAUUAUACACACCCCAUGUGUGAUCUCACAUCUGCUGGUAGGGGCAGGAGGGAAUAAAGUGCACACACGCUCCCCAGCAUGAACAUUCUGGCACUUCCCAACACACAGGCAGCACGACAGGGGAAGCUCUCACCCUCUUCCCAGGAAAGCAGCAGAGCUGGUGCCUCCCUCAUGUGUCUGCAUGCUCGUGCAUGCAGCGUGGGGAACCAUCAGCAGGGCCACAAGUCUGUGUGUUUACAGGGCUGUGAAUGCACUGGCACCACAGCGGUGCAGUGGGUGGCUGGCACAGCCGGAGGGCUGUGGUGGGGGGACGUGGGCUCUGCAGGAAGGGCUGUCCAGGAAGGCAAGGAGGUGGGCUUGCCUCUUGCUCGUGCUGGGACAGGA